CAGCCUAUCAAAGAGCUUCUAACAGUAUCUUAAUAAGUAGAAAUACAAUAUGACAGAAUAUGAACAUUAUAUGAAUUUUUAUUUCAAUUUAUUCAAAUGAUGUAGCAAUAUUGUGUGAAGGGUAUGCUUUAUUUGGUUUUUUGAGAUUUUAUGGCAGCCUUACUGUACUUUGGGUAUAUUUUAAAUGUUUAACUUAGUCUGCAUUUGUUGAAUCACUUUAAAAAUGAGUUGAUACCAUAAUUUAACAUCAACAUUCCUGCUGUCAUCUCUCAAACAAUGAAUUGCCCUACAAUCGUUUGCAAACCUCUUCUUUGCAUGUCAUUUAUGUAUGGACAAUGUUUAUCUUAAGACUAAUUUUCCAGUGGUUUGCAGGUAUCACAAACUUAAUUUUAAUGUAAAAGUUUAAGUGAAAAAAAACUUGAUCAAACAUGUCUUCAUCAUGCUAAUCAAUUUUUGUAAGAAAUAAUAAUUAAAAAUAAUCAGUCCAUGUGCAAGCUGCAUUAUGUGAGUGAGGACCUACAGUCCAGAUAAUCUUUUCAGAUAGCAAAUUACCAGCAUUUCAACAACUUUCAUAGGUACUGCCGCUAAAUUUGGAAAUUCAGUGAAUAAAUCUGCAAUCCAAUGUAGCAUUUAGGUCAGCUGAAGUUUGGACAAUUAAUAUAGUAUCACAAUACAGAUUGUUACCCAUGACUUACCAACAAAUCACCAACAGAUUACUGACUGUCUGCCAGAUUACUAUCUGUCAGCUGAUAGUUGGCUAACAGGUGUGCUUAUAACUGUUGUCUGGCAGUGGGGUGUCAGUAGGCUGACUUUGGAUGGACAGGUGUUUUUCCACAGAGUACUUCACAAUUACCAAGUAAAGAAAGAAGAAAGCAACUCAACCCAUACCCUUCCAAAAAAUUAAUCUUGCAUUAAUAGCAAUUGCCUAUGUUUUUGUUUGGUAUGCAAGAGAAAUAGAGGGAAAAUGCAUGUUAAGUACAUGUUUAGGAUGAAAGUAAUGUGACAUUAUGUUUUUUUUCUUAUUUGUAUGUUUUAGGACAUUGAAAAGUCAAGGAAAUCAUAGCAUUAGGGUUGUAGUGCAGUAUUUUGAUUUGACCACAGCUAUUAGACUCACAGCUAUACAAUAAUGUACUCCUAUGACUAUGCAUUUCUGAGAAGCAAUCCACAUGUAGAGGCAAUGUGCACUUGUAUACAAGCUUUAGAGAAUGGUGACUUUCAGCUGCUUGCUAAAAUUGAUAACAUUCUGCUGAACAAGAAAAAGUAUAUUGAUCUGUGGUUGCAGGGAAGUGUGAACUUUAACACUGGUUUACUUCAGUCCUCUAUCAUAGACAAAGACAUCCAGGGAAAAGAUGUUGAAGAGCUUCCUUCAUCAAACAGCUCAGGUUGCAGUAGUGAAAAGGACUUCUGUCAAAAUGUCUCAUUGUAUAAUUCUCCAGAGGAGAGUAACAUUGAAAUAACUGAUGAAUCAGUUCACCCUUCAGUUGGUUUGCAGGAAAACCAGCAAUAUUGCCCUGGGUCUGGCCAUAACUGUUCAUAUUUACCGACAAACAUAAAUGAUCAAACUCUUGAGCAUCAAUGUUUAAGAAGUGGAUCCCAUACAGAGCAGAUAGUAAGAGAAAAUGUCAAAGUAAAUUGGUCUUCACAAACUUCUACAACUUUUGGACCCUUGAAAACAAGGGAUAGUGUAAGAGCAACUUUAGCUUAUGCAGCACUGUCUGCUGUAAUGGAAAGUGAUGAGGGUAUUCCUUACACUGCAAUGUGGUUGGAUGCUACUGAUGACAAAAAAUCAUGCAAAGUCAGAAGAGCAAGCACUGGUAGUCUUAACAAAUUUUUUUUGCACUCUCAAAGUGACAAAUUAAUAAACAAUGGGAUGUUAGAAGCAGCCAACCUUGAAACUAACUCAGCAGGAUCAUGUGGCAAAAAUGUUAACAGCUCUACUGAGUCUGUUACAGAAUAUCAAACUAGGAAAGCUAUUGGACACAAUAGGUCAAAGUCAGAUCAGCUUGGUGUGACACAAAUUCAGAAGCAUGAGUUCAUUAAUGAUCUGGCUCUAAGUGGUGGAAACAAGGAGAAUUCCUGCAGUGAUCUUAACAGAUUGUCAUCUUCACUUCCUGCUACAUCAGAAUCUCUGUACUGCAUUGACCCAUACAUGGAUGAUCCUUAUCAAGAAAAAUCACUGGCAACACUUCUAGCAUCACAGGAUUUUAGUUCUUGUGAAUUAGACAAGGAGAAUGCCCAUUUUAGUAUAUCUGAAGCACUGAUUGCAGCAAUUGAACAGAUGAAGUGUGAUGCUGUCAAUGCAUCAGAGGAGGAGGAGGAGGAGGAGGAGGAGGAUGAAGAAAUCCUUUACUUGAAGAAAGAACUUGAGAGAAAGAGGUGGGAGAAAAGGCAAAGAAAAAAUUUGCAAGAACAGGCUGCCUUUAGUGAUGAAGCCACCCAAUCUACAGCCUCUGAACCCAGCAUGCAGACAAACUCUUCAAGGUCUGUAUUUGACAGUGAAGAUGAGCUCAGUACUGAGUGGGAAGAACUAAGUCCAACAGAUGAACAAUUACAGGAAAACAAUGAAUUCCGUACAUCCAAUGCUACACCCUCUUAUCCUAGCUCUGUGACAGACACUGUAUUAGACUCAGUGCAUAAUCCAAAUUCCAAGCUGCACUAUACCCAGUUGUCUGCUGAAGCAGUAGCCAAAAGCUUGUUGCAGAAGUUUGCCAACCAAAAACACCCAGCAGCAUGGGAACUGCAAUGGUUAGUAUCAUUUCAAGAUGCUCCUCAGUCCUUGCUUCCUCUACCAGAUACUGUGGCUGUGGCACCAGAUGAUAUCCUUCAAGUUGAGGCACUAGAGAAUAAACUAAUGUCCAGACAAAACUCAUUGCCAAGCCGUAUUCGGGGAAACUCAGAAUGGGCCCCUCCACGAGCACAGAUUAUUUUUCAUACUCAUAAACCACCUAGGAGAAAAGAAUGUAUGAGACAGCAAAACUUCAGAUGUGCUGGUUGUGGUAUGGCAGUCUCUCCAGAUUACAUGAGGCGAUUUCGGUACUGCCACUACCUGGGAAAAUAUUUUUGUAGUACUUGUCAUAACAAUGUAUUGGAAGUGAUCCCUGCUAGAGUCUUAAGAAAAUGGGACUUCGCCAAAUAUGAGGUGUCUAAUUUUGCACGUGACUUACUGCACAGGAUAUGCUUUGAUCCUUUGUUUAAUCUGAUGGAUCUCAAUCCCUCAUUAUACAAGCGUAUUCGAGUUCUAGAACGAUUGAAGGAUGUUCGUAGACGACUUCACUUUUUCAAGUCCUUUAUUCAAACAUGCCGUAAAGCUGAAGAAUUAGCUGAAGAGUUCAACAAGAUUCCAGAUCAUAUUUGUGGAGAGCCUCAUGUUUAUUCCCUACACGACCUUUUGCAGGUGCAUGAUGGGGACUUGCACCAAUUUUUGAAUAAGUUAGCAGUAGAAUCUCUUAAUCACAUCAAUCAUUGUCAGCUGUGUCUUGCCAAAGGAUUUAUCUGUGAAUAUUGCAAGGAUGGGAAAGAUGUCAUAUUUCCUUUUAUGCUGAACAGAGUUGUGCAAUGUUUAGGCUGUCGGGCAUCAUUUCACAAGGAAUGUUUUGUUGAAGGCAAAUGCCCAAAAUGUGAAAGAAUACGUGUAAGGAAACAAGUGUUAUCUGAAGCUGUCUCUCCAGAGGAAGAACAGAUCUUAGAAUAUUAGCCUUACAGAUUUGUCUAGUCUGUAGAUAGUUGAGAUCAGUGUCAAAUCAAAAAUGAUAAUAUACAAAUUCAGUAAGGGCUAAAACCCCUUGAGGA